AUGGCCCUGUCGCUGCAGUCGAGUCGGAACGCUAGAGGUGUGUCGGUGCGGUCGCUGUCCAGCAUGCGCGAGGAGCUGCCGCUGCUGGCAGAGCGGCUGCUGGCGACGCGCGCGGCCGCGCUGGUGGCCGGCCUGCCCGCCGACCUGUACUCCGGCGCGCUGCUGGCCUGGCCGCCCUCGCCGCCCGCGCCCCUGCUCCCCCCGCCGCUCCCCGACCACCCCCGCAAGCGCCGCCGAACGCCCAAGCUGGACGAGACCUCCCCCGCGCCCCCAUCGCCACCGUCCUCGGGCUCCUCGCCCGGCGCCGCUGACCCGCCGCGGGAUAAGCUGUUCACGUGCAAGGUCUGCUCGCGGUCGUUCGGCUACAAGCACGUGCUCCAGAACCACGAGCGCACGCACACGGGCGAGAAGCCCUUCGAGUGCGGCGAGUGCCACAAGCGGUUCACGCGGGACCACCAUCUCAAGACCCACCUGCGCCUGCACACCGGCGAGAAGCCAUACAGCUGCCCGCACUGCCCGCGCCACUUCGUUCAGGUGGCCAACCUCCGCCGGCACCUGCGCGUGCAUACGGGCGAGCGGCCGUACGCUUGCGCGCGCUGCCCGGCACGCUUCUCCGACUCCAACCAGCUGAAGGCGCACGCGCUCGUGCACGAGGGCGACGCGCCCUUCGUGUGCCGGUGCGGCGCGCGGUUCCGGCGGCGGCAGGCGGCCGCGCUGCACCGCUGCCCGUGCGCUCCGGAGCCGGACGCGCCGCCCUCGCCCGCCACGCCGGAGUGGCGCUGGGACGAGUGCCCGGAGCAGACGGAGCCCGAGGACCUGUCGUUGCCGCGCCGCCCCGGCACGCCGGACUCCCCCGCCGACCUGCGCGUGCACUGCACGUAG